UGCUGCUGCUGCUGCUGGUGGUGAUGAUGAUGAUGAUGAUGAUGAUGAUGGUGAAGAUGAUGAUGGUGGUCCUGCUGGACUUUACAGACUAUGUGUGGACGCUUCCGGCUCCCAGCAGCGUCUCCAUGAAGUCUGUGGACAUGAAGCACGAACUGAAGUGGAGCCCCCUACAGGCUGCCUGCAGCCCUGCGGUCCUUUACUCUGUUCAGUUCCAGGGGGAGUUUGAGCUGAUGGUCCUGAACGGCAGCUGGGUGGACGCUCCCGAGUGCCAGCUGAUUCCUCACACUCACUGCGACCUGACCUUUGACCUGGGCUCUGACUCCGACUACAACCUCCACGUCAGAGCGCAGUGCGGCUCCCAGCGGUCGCCCUGGACCGAACUCAGCCCACCUUUCAACCGCAGAGACA